UCAGCCCAGCUCGCGUCUCCUGGACCAGAGGAUACCUCGUCAUGAAGCUGCUCCUGUGUCUCUGCCUGGCCCUUGCUUUGGCAUCGGCUCAGGACCACCAUGGGAAAAAAGGUGAUUCCCAUGGACAUCAAGGUGAUUCCCAUGGACAAAAAAAGGAUCCUCAUGGACACCAUGUGGAUCACCAUGGACAGCACGGGGAUCACCAUGAAGGAGGUGAUAAGUUGGAUCGCUGUAAGGGCAUUCAGAUGGAUGCUGCAACAGAGAACGAAGAGGGAAUCCCUUACUUUUUCAAAGGUCAGUACUUAUACAAGGGCUUCAGUGGCAAAGCUGAGCUGGCCAAUAAGUCUUUUACUGAGUUGGACGACCAUCACCACCUGGGCCACGUUGAUGCUGCCUUCCGUAUGCACAACAGGGACGAUCCCCAUCACGACCGCAUUUUCCUUUUCUUGGACAACAAAGUAUUUGCCUACUACCAACACAACCUGGAAGUAGGCUAUCCCAAGGAAAUUUCCGAGGUCUUUCCUGGAAUCCCAAACCAUCUGGAUGCAGCUGUGGAGUGUCCGAAUCCAAACUGCGCAGAGGACUCUGUCAUCUUCUUCAAGGCUCAUGAGAUCUUCCACUUCAACCUUAAAAGCAAAAAGGUAGAAGAGCAAACGUUCAAGAACAUGCCCAAUUGCACUGUGGCUUUCCGGUAUUUGGACCACUUCUACUGCUUCCACGGUCACAAGUUCUCCAAGUUUGACCCAAAAACUGGUGAGGUCCAUGGAAAAUACCCCAAAGAGAGUCGUGACUACUUCGUGAGAUGCUCCAAGUUUAGUCCUGACGGUGAUCAUCUGGACAGAGAGCGCUGCAGCCACGUUCACCUGGAUGCCAUCACAUCUGACGACGCUGGAAACAUUUACGCCUUCAGAGGCCAUCAUUUCAUUCGCCAAGACGCCGACAAGAACAUGACCGUGGACACCAUCGAGAACGCCUUCAAGGAGCUGCACAGUGACGUGGACGCCGUUUUCUCUUACCAGGAUCAUCUCUACAUGAUCAAGGACAACCAGUUGUACGUUUACAGAGUUGGCGAGCCCCACACACAUCUGGACGGGUAUCCCAAGCCUGUGAAAGAGGAGCUCGGCAUUGAUGGACCCAUCGAGGCUGCUUUCGUCUGUGCAGACCACCACAUCGCUCACAUCAUCAAAGAUAAACACAUAUAUGACGUGGACAUGUCGGUUACUCCUCGUGUUGCAACCAAUCAGCGUCCCCUGUCCGUCUUGAAGAAGGUCGACGGCGUCAUGUGCGGCCCUGACGGGCUUAAAGUCGUCGUAGGAAACCACUUCUACCGCUUCGCCAGCACCAUGCUUUUUGUUGCGGGCCGGAUGCUGCCCAUUCAGCACAGGGUUCCUCAGGAGCUGCUGGGCUGCGACCACUGAGCAGCCGGCGUUAAAGGACUGAGCGCACGGUGCAGAGCGUCACGAACAACACGGUGCAACACAAACAGCAGCACAACAUCUGGCAGGAGGCCGCUUGACAUCGUGCUGUCAUCUAACUCGCUUCCUUUCAGCUUCUUACCUCAACAAUAAACUUUACGUGUUUUCUCCUUUAGAAAGAUGCUGAUUUUGACUUACACUGUCAGGAAAUUCAAACAUAUUCAUGGGUUUUAUGAACCGUGCUGUUGUGAAUAAAGGCGUGUGGCUAAUAA